GUGCAAAGAUGGCCGCCGACGAAAAGAACUUUAGGUCGGCCUAUUAUGAUAAAGUAGCGUCCAGAAGUGUUGAAGAAAAGAAAUCAUUGGAAAUUAUAUUAAAAGACAAACCCCUAGACAGAAGGAAGCUAAAACAGUUUUGCUUGGGCUUUUGUGUGCCGAUUGCUUACAGAAACUUGCUCUGGAAACUCCUCUUGGAUGUCGUUCCGGUGCACGUAGAGUGCCAUACGUUUAUAAUGAACCAGAGGAAACAAGAGUUUAACGAUUUAUUAAACGCUGUUAAAGUUUUGAGGAGUGUUGAUGUAAAUACGCCGAAAUCGCAAGUAUUUUUGGCUAUGUGGCUUUUACAGAGUGGCAAUUUUUCUAUCGAUAUGAAUUUAAUUAACAACAAAGGUUUUUUGGCUAUUGUGCAAUCAUUUGGGCAGUUUUUUGACGACGAUGUUGAUAUUUAUUGGCUAUCAAGGAAUUUGUAUGCUAAAACGUUAUCAAUACAUAGGGAAAUCAGAAGUUUAGUCAAUGUUUCCUGUGUAUUACUUGAAAAAGAGGAUAACAAUUUAUAUAAACAUUUAAGGAAAAAUGGUAUUCUAGAGAAUCUGCCUUUGGACAAGUGGUUUAUAUGUUGUUUUGCUGGAAUUUUAAAUGAGACAGCCUUGGGAAAAAUAUGGGACAAAUUUGUAGCUGGUUCAGUUAAAAUCAUGGCAUUUGUAGCUACAAUAUUACUGAUUAAUUUCAAAAGCAAAUUACUAAAAUGUACAGAAAUAUAUGAUGCCCAAAAUUGCCUCAAAGAAAUUCCAGAUGAAAUAGCCGACGUCAUAGCCAACAAGUCCAUCGAAAUGUGGCAACAAUAUGGGAGUCCCCUACUACUAAGUGAUGUAAAAAAUAUCCACCAUUCGUAAUUUUUAAGUUUAUGACAAAUGACAAAUUUUGUAGAAUGUUUAUUUAUUUUAAAGGAUUUUUAUUUUAUUUGUAAAUAUUAAAGAGAC